AUGAGGUGCUCUCUGAUCACCGCCAGCCUGACGGCUGCUGCGGUCUUGCUCAACCCUGCUCUGGCCGCUUCCAAUGACACGACCCCCAUGCAGAUUCGUCUGGCCUAUGCCGGAUCGACGGGCAUGGUCGUCAGCUGGAACACCUACUCGAAGCUGGACCGUCCGACGGUCCGCUAUGGACUCACUCCCUGGGCCCUGACGAAGACGGCCUCGUCAAACGUCUCCGUCACGUACCCGACCUCGACGACGUACAACAACCAUGUCACCAUCACCGGGCUGGAGCCGGACACGGUGUACUACUACCAGCCCCAGAACAGCAACUCCUCCGUGCCCUACAGCUUCAAGACCAGUCGUGUGCCCGGUGACCACACCCCGUACACGAUCGCCGUGGCAGUCGAUCUGGGUCUCAUGGGCCCGGAUGGCCUCACCACGCACGUGGGCAACGGAGCCAGCAACCCGCUGGGUCCCAACGACACGAACACGAUCCAGUCGAUUGAGCAGAACCUGGACGACAUUGACUUCCUGUGGCACCCCGGUGACAUCGCCUAUGCGGACUACUGGUUGAAGGAGGAGAUCCAGGGCUUCCUGCCCAACACGACGAUUGCCGAUGGGGCCAAGGUCUACGAGUCUCUGCUGAACCAGUACUACGACGAGAUGACCCCGAUCACCUCGAAGAAGCCCUACAUGGCGACAACGGCGGCACCACGGACAAGGCACACAACGGAUAGGACCUACACGGUGAGCAUCUGCCAGCAGGGCCAGACCAACUUCACCGGCUACAUCAACCACUUCCGCAUGCCGAGCCCGCAGUCCAAGGGACUGGGCAACUUCUGGUACUCGUUCGACCACGGCAUGGUGCACUACAUCCAGCUCGACACCGAGACCGACCUGGGCCACGGCUUCAUCGCUCCGGACGAGCCCGGUGGCCCUGAGGGCGAGGACGCGGGCCCGUUCAGCAACCUGCGGGAUGCGCAGACCAACUGGCUGCAGCAGGACCUGGCGUCGGUGGACCGCAACAAGACUCCUUGGACUGUCGUCGCGGGCCACCGCCCGUGGUACAUCAGCGCCUCAAACGACAGCAGCACCAUCUGCGAAGCCUGCCGUGAGGUCUUCGAGCCACUCUUCCUGCAGUACGGCGUCGACCUAGUGCUGUCCGGACACGUGCACGCAUACGAGCGCAACGCGCCCAUCCGCACCUUCGACGUCGACCCGAACGAGCUCAACAACCCGAGCGCGCCGUGGUACAUCACCAACGGCGCGGCCGGCCACUACGACGGCCUGGACACCCUCAAUUACCCGCUGCAGCCGUACGCGCGGUACGCGCAGGACACGGCCUACGGCUGGAGCCGGCUGACGUUCCACAACUGCACGCACCUGACGCACGAGUUUGUCGCCAGCCGCAACGGCACGGUCCUCGACAGGGCGACGCUGUUCAAGGAUCGGAAGUGCCAAGGCAACGACAAUAGCCAGGGUCAGCAGGGUCAGCUGUAG